AAAGUCCAGAAUUCUAUUUGAGAGCCCAACUGAAGCCCAUAUCCAUAGCGUAGUCGUGUUGGUCUGUUGGACUUGGACGCCAGACAAGAGUGGCAUUAGCAGGAUAAAGCUGGAAUGGAAAGAAAGAAGCUUGAGGGGGUGUGGGAAAAUGGCGGGAAUCUGUUGGCCAAAUCCCCCUCUAAAUCGUAACUGGAUGACCCAUCAGUCGUCGUUCAAUCCGCAGAAAUCCCACGGCGCACGAUGCUGCUCAGCUGCACCAGGAAAUGGGAACGGAUCCAAAACGCCACGACUUCUCAAGUUGGCAGUAAGCGGCGUCACACAGCUGCUUAGGCUUUUCUCUUUCAGCGAGGACAGGAGAUUGGAUGAUGUGAGCACUGGGGAGAAAGAUGAGAUUUUGGUUUCCGGAGUUGAUGAUGUUUUAGGGAUCCUCAAGGCUGAUUAUAAUAAUGCUUACUUUGUUACAGGGGUUUUUACUUCUACAAUUUAUGCUGACGAUUGUAUCUUUGAAGAUCCAACUAUUAGAUUCCGAGGUAAACAGCUUUAUUCCCACAACUUGAAAUUGCUUCUUCCUUUCUUUGAUUCUCCAUCAAUUGGAUUACAAACAAUUGAAAAGGGUGUCAAUUUGGAAACAAAUUUUGUGCUGGCAAAAUGGAGAUUAAGAACCUACCUGAAACUUCCAUGGAGGCCUCUCAUUUCCAUUGAUGGAAGCACAAUCUACGAAUUGGAUGACAAGUUUAUGAUUGUUAGGCAUACUGAGCGUUGGAACGUUUCUGCACUUGAAGCAGUUGGUCAGAUAUUCACCCCUAGUUUUGGAAGCCCCAACGAUUGAACACAUUACUAGCAUCCUUUCUGGUCGAAGUCAGGAUAGCUAAAGUUGGCUGACGGUGAUGGCAGCACAUGCCAUCGCCCUGUUUUGCCUAGCUCUAGUUUUUGCUUUUGUAAAAACUGAACGUUGCGUUUGGGUUACUGUUUGAGAGUACUUUUUUUACAUGGUACCUCAUUAAAAAGUAUAAAUUUAU